UAAAUUUCUAGCCCAGUCACUUUUUUCCUCACAAACAUUAUUACUUGUGAUCCACCGCGGUGUCUAUUGAUUUUGUCGCUUAACCUUUGCACUGUUUUCAGUUCACGCGCACACUAAGAGCUGAUUCUUGGUUGACUUGAUCUACAAUGUUGUGUUAUGGGCAUGAGCCAUUGCACCAUCCCUGAGCAUCGGCAGAAGCCAGAGAAGGACUCAUGGGUGUGCACUGUGUUCUGAGAACAAGCAAGUAGAAGUAAUAACCAGACAUCGGAGAGCAACAACGUGAAUUAUGUCUUACUAUAACAGAGAACUGGUGGUAUCUUUUAUCAAAUAUAAACUCUCACAGAGGAACUACCCCUGCAACCACAUUGGACUUACAGAAGACACAAAUCGAACUGAUGGGGGGCAGGCAGCUGAAGAGAAUGGCGAGGGGGCGGCAGGAACGACGACCCUCAUUAAUGGCUCCCUAAAUGGAACGAGUGCUAAUUCCACUGGGAUCCAACCAAGAUCCCCUACUUCAUCCCCCCAGCCUCAGCUAAAUGGGACUGGGGGUUUGGACGCGGUGAAGGAUGCACUCCGUGAUUCUGCCAAAGAGUUUGAGCUGCGUUUUUCCCAAGCUUUCAGUGAUCUCUCCUCACAGCUCCACAUCACACCUGCAACUGCGUACCAGAGCUUCGAGAGCGUUAUGGAUGAGGUGUUCCGAGAUGGUGUCAACUGGGGCCGCAUCGUGGGUCUGUUUGCCUUCGGAGGGGCUCUGUGUGUCGAGUGUGUAGAGAAGGAGAUGAGCCCACUAGUGGGGCGCAUUGCAGAAUGGAUGACCGUCUACCUAGACAACCACAUUCAGCCCUGGAUCCAGAGCCAAGGUGGAUGGGAGCGCUUUGCUGAGAUCUUCGGGAAAGAUGCAGCGGCGGAGAGCAGAAAGUCCGAAGAAAACUUUAAGAAGUGGUUGCUGGCAGGAAUGACCUUGCUCACUGGUGUCAUGGUGGGACAUUCAUUGCACAGAAACGCCUGUGAGGAGAUGGAUAACUGAAAUUUCAACUUCACCCUCUGCUUCAUUUAGACCUCUAGUGAACAUGAAGGAACUUACAAAUAUUUUGUUUUGGAUUUGUUCCUUUCCCUUUUAUUGCCAAGAAAUGUCCUGUUUACAUCCUUCGUCCCACCAUGUACUGUUGACUGAGUGACAUGCACCUGUGAUGUGACAUCACAUGACCCAGACUCCAUGAGGGUGCAUUGCAUUUUCUCAACUUCAGAAAUGCAAAGCCCCAUGUAUAAUUGCGCCCUGUUUAACAAAAUGAAAAAAAAUGACAAAGAAAUAGUUUGACCAAUCUUUCAUUCUCUGUAAUUAUUAUUUUUAAAUAAAUAAUUAUUUUCAGCUUUA